AUGGCUGACGAUGAGUAUACAUAUGAAGUUAUUGAUAAUGAAAGAGAUGCACGUCUAUGUGCUCAACUUAUUGCUGAACAAUUUACUAAUCGUCAUCCAAUUACCGUCUUCGAUCGUAUAACAACAAACUCAUUUUUUGAUCAAUAUUCUUGGCCUUUGUUAGCUAAUGUACUGGAUGAACGACUAUCAUUUCUUGCACGGCAUCGUUCGUCUGGAGAAAUUAUUGGUGCAGUCGUUGCUGGCGACUUGUAUUUGUUUCAAAAGAAAUAUCCAUAUGAUCUUUCACAUCCUGCAAAAGCUAUUGCAAUUAGUGAUUUAUAUGAUGAACUCAAUGACAUAUUUAUUCGUCGUGAUUUCAAUCAAGAACUAAAACCAAAUAUGGUCUUACAAAUUCCAAUUAUCGCAGUUCGGUCUGAGCAUUCAGGCAACGGUGUAGCAAGUCAAUUGCAUGCCGUUAUGUUCGAUCGAGCACGAGAUACGAAAGGAUUUCAAUAUGCAUUUGUUCGAGCAACAAAUCCUAUUAUACGACAUAUUUAUGUGAACAAGAUGGGUGGAAGAGAAUUGACUCUAGUUGAUCCAACUACGUGGCGAUGGAAGAAAAAAGUCGAUCGAUUAUUAUAUCCGUACAAUGAUUAUAGAGAUGAGUUUAUAGCAAAUAUUCUUAUCAAACUGAUCGCAGAACAAGACAUGUCAACAGUAUAA